AUGGGAGAAGUGUGUACACAGGUAUACAGUGGCUGCCCCAAUGAUUGUUUAGAACCUCUAUAAGGGGAGAGAUGAGGCAAUUAUAUUUACUCAAGUGGAGACCGCAGGCUAGAAGUGCAAAAGUCAGACAGUUUGAAAGGAGAUAAGAGUAGGUCUAAUGUUAUUCCCAAUCCAAUUCCCUGUACCCCAACUCGAGUCCAGAACGCACACACUUUCGAGUCGAGGACACUCUGAUUCUUGUUUCAGUUCAUAACCUGCGUUUGUGUGUCUGUCUGUGAGAUAUUUGCAUGUCUGUGUGAGUGAUUCUUUAUCCAUGGUGUUGUGCAGUGUAAUAGUUGUGGGUGAAGCUGGUGUUUGGGCUGAGUGGGUCUCCCUUCUCCAUCCUCUGCUAUUACCGUAAUGAGGGGGGAAUUGGGUCAGCAUCUGGGGAGCUGGCACUCAGAGACAGGCCUGUGUUGCAGUCAGGUCAGUCAGACAGAGAGCCCCCCUCCCCAGUACAGCUGGAGGAAUUAAUACCCGGCCUGCUACCACAGUCCACACUCCACUGAUAUGGGUGCCUCAGUGGGCAUUUAGGUUUCAUUUGUGCUGUUUUCAUUGGUAAAGUGCCUCAUUGUUGAAUUGGCCCAGUUAUUUCCCCCACAGGGGUUUUUCUAUUGCACUCCUCAUUAUCAACCAGUGUUUAACUUCCAACUCAUUUUGAGGCGGUGCGUCAUUAGCUAUGCUGUCCACAGACACUGACCUGUGUGUGUUUAUCCAUAUCUCUAACCCCCGUCUCUCUCUAUCCCAGGUAGAGCGAUGUCGGAGGAGGCGGUGCGUCAGACGCGCAGCCGGAAGCGGGCCCUGGAGAGGGACAUGGUGGCCCCUGGCAGCCCUGGAGGGGAGCUGGACAGUAAGAAGGUAAAGCUGGAGAACUGUGACCUGUUACCUGCCGCAGACGGACCUAUAGCUCUAGUGGCUGUGGGUGGAGGAGGAGAUGUGGUGAAGACUGAGCAGACAGCCAAGGUGGCCAGCAUGAGCAUCCUGAAGACCGGUGAGGUCAAGGCUACCGUCAAAGUGGAGGUGCAGACCGGGGACAGGCCUGUAGAUAUGAGCACAUCCAAGAGGUGAGACAAACUGAUUACAUACACACACACACACACACACACACACACACACACACUCACACACUGGUAGCCUACACUCUGACUGGCUGUACAUUUGAACCAGUCCUAACUGAACUGUGGUACCCUCAGACGCUGUCUAUUUUGGUUAAUAGUAUUACCGUCACACUCUGGAUUUAGAUUUCAUUUUAGAAUGUUGCUCUAAAAUGUUUUUUUCCCAUCUGGCCUGUGGUGCAUGUUUACAAUAUGAUGGAUUGUCUCUGAGUCUGUACAGGGUCAAUUUAGGUGAUUAGAUUAUUCUACUGCUUUGUUUUGACUGGAAAGGGACAUUUGCUUGACAACGACUGUGUGUGUGUUUGAACUACUGUCUGCACUAGCUAGCGAGUGGGCUUCUCACACAGGAAGUGCAUGUCUGCGCUCCCUCGGUUCUGGGUGGCCUGUCCCCAUUUUGAAAAGUUUGAGGCUCCGGCUGACUGCCUCCAUUUUCUCCAGCACCUGAACUCUGCCUCACUUUACACAAAAUGAAGGUCACAAACUGUCACAAACUGGUUCCAGCUGGCCGUUGCCAUGGUUUCCACAUUGGAAGGAGCAGUUGGGGAAGGCAGGGCUGUUGUUGGGUGGGUGUGUCACAUGACCAGGGCAGGGAAAUUCCUGAUGUCAUGUGAUCUCUUCACUCAGUAGAGUGAUUAAAAUACACUGGAGGUGAGCGCAGUAGUGAGAAAGGAAGAUGGCCUCCAAGGAAGGGCCUUUUAUGUAUCGCAGAAGUUUGCCCUUAUGUCACCUUUUCCUGUACUGCUAUAGUUUAAAUGUAUUUGAUUGAACUUGUAGCGUUUGCACUGCAGAGGAGAUCUAGCGUUUUGAUCCAACUGUUUCAUAAUAAUAUAAUAAUAAUAAUAUGCCAUUUAGCAGACGCUUUUAUCCAAAGCGACUUACAGUCAUGCGUGCAUACAUUUUUGUGUAUGGGUGGUCCCGGGGAUCGAACCCACUACCUUGGCGUUACAAGCGCCGUGCUCUACCAGCUGAGCUACAGAGGACCACUGUGCAGGGUGCAGAGGGCUAGAAUACGCAAUGCUUUCCACUGUCAUUGAAUUAGAAAUAUAUUAAAAACACUAUUUUGGCCAGAUAGAUCUUAAUAGACUAGCUAGUGAAAACUGUUGAUGACGUUUGUCUAUGUCCAGUUUCAUGAAUAGUGGUUUGAAGGAAUGCACUUUUUCUACCUGAUACUUUGCUCCCAUGAGUUUACUAAUUCAGUGGAAGUCAAUACUGCAGAGUAUUUCAGAGAAGCAGUAGCUAGUAGAAACAGAAGCAGUGGCCUCUGGAUCUUAUGUAACCAGGUACUUGGCUUUUGUUUAUGCGUGUCUAAUCAGCUUUCAGGGUGGAGGAGAUUGCCUUGUCACCACAAUAAACCCUCACUUUACCCAUUGCCAGGGCUAGGAGUUUCUCCUGGUUAGGUCCUGUGUGUGAGGCCUCCCUAUCCAUCAGUUUACUCUUUGUCCAACGUGGUCCGUUGCUUUACAAGGCCCCUGUAUAACCAGCUGUGGAUGGUGUGACUGUGAAUCAUAGCUACUGUAUCUCCCUCUGCCUCCCUUCUAAACUGAACCAGCCCUCAGCCCUGUUACCACAGCAGGGCUCUGGGAUGUUUUGCACCAGCCAGGGAGACUGUGCCCUUGUUGAGUGUCCUACCCUCUGCAACGUAGCCCAAGACACACAUGGUCAGUAAAUGAGUGAGUGAGAGUGUAUACAAUAGGCUGGGUCCUAGCCAUGUUCCCCUCCCCCACCCCUUUCACUCUCCCCUCCAGUGUCUCCUGUAGGCCUCUGCUCUGCGACUCUGGUGUCAGCAACUGGGAGGGGUGGGGCCCUGACCUACCGGGCCCCGGGCACAGCUACUGUCCCUACCAAGAGUCAACAUGCCCCCCCCCCCCCCACAGGGUACGAUCGGGACGGAGGGGGGAGCAUUCCAUCUCCUCCAUCGGCCUUUCACUCCCCCUCUCCGUCACAGGCUCCACGCUGCAUACCGCUGCUCCCCUUAGUCCUCCUCAGGCUGGAGGAAACAACAGCUAGCUACAGCCACAGAUGGAGCAAUGAGGCCAGAUCUAAUCUCCCUGGAACAUUUUAGUCAUUUAGCAGACACUCUUAUCCAGAGCGACUUACAGUUAGUGAGUGCAUACAUUUUCAUACUGGCCCCCCGUGGGAAACGAACCCACAACCCUGCCGUUGCAAGCGCCAUGCUCUACCAACUGAGCUACAGGGGACUACAACUUACAACUUGUGGCUGAGCCUUGGUCAUAAACUCACUAAUUUUGGGCCUAGUUUCUGACACUACCAUACCAGUGGAAAUAUAUGAAGAGGAGGCUCUUAUUCAGACCGGGCUCCCACUUCACCAUGAUUGGUCUAUCAAUUUCAGAUCGACUUGGUACACUGUUCACUCACUCAUAGACCACUUAAAAGUUAUCAUUUACCGCCCUCUACUGGACGAAUGCUGAUACUGUCUGUCUGCAUACUGGCCCUUGUGGCCAUCAUUUGUAAUAUGAUUAGUGAGUGUUGUGUGAUCACACACAAAUUAAUUUGUGUGAGGAAAGAGGGUUUGGCUUUCCAUAUCUUCUUUGCUUUCCAUGUCUUAUUUUUGCCUACUACUAAUGUCGAGUUUAGUUAUUUAGUUUUCGUUUGUUUCUCUCUUCUCUCAGUGACGUAAAGAAAGAGAGGGAGCUCCUGUCAUCAAAUGAUGAUGUCAUAGUGCUGUCAGACAACGAGCCGUCCAUCCCCAUCAUGAACGGCCUGAACCACUACAGAAAGACAGACACUGACCUGCUCAUGGUACGACUAUACACACACACAGAGAGAGAACGACUCCUCUCUUUGUGCAACUCCCAAUGUGUCUUCAUCCUUCAUGGAUUCAAAUAAAUUCGAAUGUAAUUGUGUGUUUGACACACCGCUGUCUUCCCGUGUGUAGAAGAGCAGGCCAGAUGAGAGGGAGCACGUCAUCAAACAGUUGAAGGAGGAGCUGAGACUACAGGAGGCCAAGCUGGUGCUGCUGAAGAAACUACGACACAGCCAGAUCCAGAAGGAGAGCGCUGUACAGAAGGUAUCUAAACAAACACACACACAUACACACACAUACAGUGUAUUCAGACCCCUUGACUUUUUCCACAUUUUGUUACCUUACGGCCUUAUUCUAAAAUUGAUUAAAUAUUUUUUUCCCCUCAUCAAUCUACAAACAAUACCCCAUAAUACCCCACAAAGCAAGAUCAGGUUUUUAGAAAUUUUUGCAAAUGUAUAAAAAAUAAAAAACGGAAAUACCUUAUUUACAUAAGUAUUCAGACCCAUAGCUAUGAGACUCGAAAUUGAGCUCAGGUGCGUCCUGUUUCCAUUGAUCAUCCUUGAGAUGUUUCUACUUGAUAGGAGUCCACCUGUGGUAAAUUCAAUUGAUUGGACAUGAUUUGGAAAGGCACACAAAUCAAAUCAAAUGUUAUUUGUCACAUGCGCCGAAUACAACAGGUGAAGACCUUACAGUGAAAUGCUUACUUACAAGCCCUUAAACAACAAUGCAGUUUUAAGAAAAAUAAGUGUUAAGUAAAAAAUAGAUAAUAAAAAUUAAAGAGCAGCAGUAAAAUAACAAUAGCAAGCCUAUAUACAGGGGGUACCGGUACAGAGUCAAUGUGCGGGGGCACAGGUUAGUCAAGGUAAUUGAGGAAAUAUGUACACCUGUCUAUAUAAGGUCCCACAGUUGACAGUGCAUGUCAGAGCAAAAACCAAGCCAUGAGGUCGAAGGAAUUGUCCGUAGAGCUCAGAGACAGGAUUGUGUCAAGGCACAGAUCUGAGGAAGGGUACCAAAAAAUGUCUGCAGCAUUGAAGGCCCCCAAGAACACAGUGGCCUCAUCAUUCUUAAAUGGAAGAAGUUUGGAACUACUAAGACUCUUCCUAGAGCUGGCCGCCCGGCCAAACUGAGCAAUCGGGGGAGAAUGGCCUUGGUCAGGGAGGUGACCAAGCACCCGAUGGGCGCUCUGACAGAGCUCCAGAGUUCCUUUGUGGAGAUGGGAGACCUUCCAGAAGGACAACCAUUUCUGCAGCACUCCACCAAUCAGGCCUUUAUGGUAGAGUGGCCAGACUGAAGCCACUUCUCAGUAAAAGGCACAUGACAGCCCGCUUGGAGUUUGCCAAAAGGCACCUAAAGGACUCUGACCAUGAAAACAAUAUUCGCUGGUCUGAUGAAACCAAGAUUGAACUCGUUGGCCUCCAUGCCAUGUGUCACGUCUGGAGGAAACCUGGCACCAUCCCUAUGGUGAAGCAUGGUGGUGGCAGCAUCAUGCUGUGGGGAUGUUUUUCAGCGGCAGGGACUGGGAGACUAGUCAGGAUCGAGGGAAAGAUGAACGGAGCAAAGUACAGAGAGAUCCUUGAUGAAAACCUUCUCCAGAGCGCUCAGGACUUCAGACUGGGGUGAAGAUUCACCUUUCAACAGGACAACAACCCUAAGCACACAGCCAAGACAAUGCAGGAGUGGCUUCGGGACAAGUCUCUGAAUGUCCUUGAGUGGCCCAGCCAGAGCCCGGACGUGAACCCGAUCAAACAUCUCUGGAGAGACCUGAAAAUAGCUGUGCAGCGACACUCCGCAUCCAACCUGACAGAGCUUGAGAGGAUCUGCAGAGAGGAAUGGGAGAAACUCCCCAAAUAAAGGUGUGCCAAGCUUGUAGCGUCAUACCCAAGAAGACUCAAGGCUUUAAUCGCUGCCAAAGGUACUUCGACAAAGUACUGAGUAAAGGGUCUGAAUACUUAUGUAAAUAUGACAUUUUGAGUUUGUUUUAUUUUAUAAAUUUGCAAAAAUUUCUAAACCUGUUUUUGCUUUGUCAUUAUGGGGUAUUGUGUGUAGAUUGAUGAGGGGGAAAAAACAAUGUAAUACAUUUUUGAAUAAGGCUGUAACGUAACAAAAAGUUGAAAAAGGGGUCUGAAUACUUUCCAAAUGCACUGUAUACACACACAUGCACACAUACUCACACACGUAUGCAAGCACCUGUGCACACAGGCACACAGGUGCGCACACACACAGGCACAGAAGUACACUCACACACGCACAAAGCUUGCCAUCAAUAGUCUGGUCUCUCUCUCUCUUCUCUUUCUCUUUUCUUCUCUCUCUCACUCUCACUCAUUCACUCACUCUCUAUUUCUCUCCCUCUGUUCUCCAGCCAACCUCUGGCUCUGUGGCCACUCCUCCACCUCUGGUCAGAGGCAGCAUCGCAUCAGGCAAAGGACCGCUACAGGUACAGACAGCUACUGCUCAUUGCCACUAUACCAUACAACAAUCAUUACAUUACUGCUAUUAUCAGAAUCACCUUUAUUCGCCAAGUACAUUUACACAUACCCAGAAUUUGCCGUAGUGUGAAGGUGCUGCCAGCAAUAGACAAUAUACAAACAGAAUAGAGACACAUGGCCACAUAGACAUCAUACAGAAUAUAUACAAUGUCCACCUCAACGGACAUUUAACCUGCCCCCACCCAAUGGACAUUUAUCAUGCUGAAUAGCCACCACUAGUCAGCCCACUGCUCCCCUUGUCCCCCUCCUGCCCCCCCCCCCUCCCGGACUCCCCCCCGUUUCUCUCCUUAUAGACAUUCCCCCCCCCCCUCAACUGACAUUUUCCCUGCCCCCACCCCAAUGGUCAUUUAUCAUGUUACAGUUGUAAAUAUGUAUAUUGUUAUUAUUAUUAUUUAUAUUUUUAUUAAUUUUUCUGUUAUUCACUUCCCUUUGACCUGCACUGUUGGAGCUUGAAGCUUAAUAUUUGCACUGUACCCUGCAUUUACAUCUGCAACCCUGUGCAUGUGACUAAUAAACUCCCUCUCUAAACAUUAAACUCUGGAGUAUAGGCUGAUUACAGUGGGAAUAUACAAUUUACAGAGGGGAUAUAUCUAUCUAUAAACUGGGUGGUUCAAGCCCUGAAUGCUGAUUGGCUGAAAGCCGUGGUAUAUCAGACCGUAAACCAUGGGUAUUAUCAAUCAAUCAAUCAAUUUUAUUUUAUAUAGCCCUUCUUACAUCAGCUAAUAUCUCGAAGUGCUGUACAGAAACCCAGCCUAAAACCCCAAACAGCUAGUAAUGCAGGUGUAGAAGCACGGUGGCUAGGAAAAACUCCCUAGAAAGGCGAAAACCUAGGAAGAAACCUAGAGAGGAACCAGGCUAUGAGGGGUGGCCAGUCCUCUUCUGGCUGUGCCGGGUGGAGAUUAUAACAGAACCAUGCCAAGAUGUUCAAAAAUGUUCAUAAGUGACAAGCAUGGUCAAAUAAUAAUCAGGAAUAAAUCUCAGUUGGCUUUUCAUAGCCGAUCAUUAAGAGUUGAAAACAGCAGGUCUGGGACAGGUAGGGGUUCCAUAACCGCAGGCAGAACAGUUGAAACUGGAAUAGCAGCAAGGCCAUUGGUAACCAGUUUAUAAUAGCAAUAAGGCACCACGGGGGUUUGUGAUAUAUGGCCAAUAUAUACCACGGCUAAGGGCUGUGCCUAAGAACAGCCCUUAGCCAUGGUAUGUUGGCCAUAUACCAUGCUCUCUCGUGCCUUAUUGCUUUAAUAAGUAGAGGGAGGGAUGUACAGCACAUUCACACUCCUUGUAAUUGUAUAUCACUGUAUCCAUUAAAUCACUAAGCACAUUCAAGCUAUCUGUACUAGCUUGUUAUCAGUGUGUCUGUUCAACCAUGCUAUCAGAGGUAAUCACAUGCAUCUUGCUGUGACACUACAGCUGAUGUGACAUGGCUCUGUUUUGCCUCUACUCGAUAUGACUUGACAGAAUGAUUGAUUGAAUAUGACAUGAAAGGGACUGGCCACUUGCCAGCAAAUGUCAACAGUGAUCAUGUGGUAUCAUCACAAGAUGCUUUCAUGGUCAAGUCUAAUUUCCAUUAAAUCAUGAUUUACCCAAAAGUCUGAGUUACAUGUGGAUCUUGCGCAGUAAUGUAGUAUAUAUAUAUAUUUAUAUAUACAUACACACACACUGGACUCCGAUAUUGCUCGUCCUAAUAUUUGUUAAUUCCAUUAUUUUACUUUUAGAUUCACGUGUAUUGUUCGAUAUUACUUCACUGUUGGAGCUAGGAACACAAGCAUUUCGCUUCACCCGCAAUAACAUCUGCUAAAUAUGUGUAUGCAACGAAUAAAAUUAGAUUUUUGAUUUGAUUUGGUUGUGUAAAGUUGAAACCCUGUUGUUGUCGUUUUGUGUCUAGGUGUCGUCAGGCCGUAGCUCAGGCACAGUGAUCCCUCCUCCAUUGGUCCGGGGUGGGCAGCACGUCCCGUCCAAGCAGAACUCCCAGACCGUCAUGCCACCCCUGGUCAGAGGGGCACAGGUAACUUGUACUCUGGUACUUACCAUUUCAACUUACUUUAAUUGUUGUCUGUAUGCCCAUUUAGUACUUGUACAAUGUGACUUAUUAAUACGAAUUCUACAUUCCCUGUAUGAUCAGUGUAUUUUUUUCAUAUGUUUUCCUGCUACUUUCAUGCUUUAAAACACAUUUGAUUCCUUGGCAGUGAACUCUCUUAACUAAUAGACCAAAUGCUCAAUACUAGUUGGUUCUACACGCAGUGCGCUUGUCACAGUCUAUUCCAGUAAAUUCAUUUUACAGUGAUAUGGAUAUUGACAUAUUUUCUCUCAAUCUCCUUUCAAUUCAAGGGGCUUUAUUGGCAUGGGAAACAUGUGUUUACAUUGCCAAAGCAAGUGAAAUAAACAAAAGUGAGAAGACACAAAACAAUAUAAACUAAACACAAAUAGAAAUGAACAGUAAACAUUGGGCUCUCCAUGCCCUCUCCUGCCUCUGUCCCUCUCCCUGUGUGUGACUCCACUCCCCCCUUCCCCUCUCCCUUAUGUCCAUGUCCUGCCCAUGUCCUGUGUGUGUGUGUGUGACGUUGUCAGCCCAUCGCGGUGUCUCCCCAGCAGAUCGCGUCCCUGCGGCAGCAUCAGCAUUCAGUGUCGGGCCCCCCUCCCCUGCUGCUGGCCCCCAGGGCCUCGGUCCCCAAUGUCCAGGUGCAGGGCCAGAGGGUCAUCCAGCAGGGCCUCAUCAGGGUGGCCAAUGUCCCCAACACCAACGUCCUGGUCAACAUACCACAGGUCAGAACACACUCUAUCACCCAGGUCAGUCAGAAACACAGUCUAUCCACAUUACUACAUUACUGCCAGGACACCAACGUACUGGCCAGCAUUUUAUAUUAAGACCUCUUCCAAAGAGCACAUUUCAGAAAUGCAUCCCCACAGUGUUGGACUCCCAACAGCACUACUUCUCCAUCUAAUUUCAUCCUGACUAGUGAGUGUGUGUCUGUUCCCCAGGGCUCACAGAAGGGCUUAUCUGUGACGUCUCAGGCUGGGAUGGGCAGUGGCGUGUCCACGGUCCAGGCCAACGAGUCCCCGGCCGCUCGCCAGGCGGCCGCCAAGCUGGCGCUGCGUAAGCAGCUGGAGAAGACACUGUUGGAGAUCCCUCCUCCCAAACCUCCCGCCCCCGAGUUCAACUUCCUGCCGUCAGCAGCUAACAACGAGUUCAUCUACCUGAUGGGCCUGGAGGAGGUGGUGCAGAACCUGGUGGACACACUGGGACGGGGUGGGUUUAUACUUUUAUUCAAAAAUAUAGAUUUUUUGCAUCAGCACAAGCAUAAGGUAUUUAUGGUAGUACUACGUAGUCAUAGCUAAUCUCUUACAGUGAGUUUUUUGUUGGCUGCCAUGGGUUCUUGUCAUUCUAACUCAUUGCUCUAUUUGAAAACUACUGACCUACAAGGUACAUAAUACUGACAUGUCAUUUUUCGGUAUUUCGCUCUCAGGCAAGAAACCGGGUCAGUCAGUGACCCCCGUCCCCAAGGAGCCGCACACCUGUGCCCAGUGCAAGACGGACUUCACGUCGCGCUGGCGCUCGGAGAAGAGCGGCCCCGUCCUGUGCGACCACUGCAUGUCGUCCAACCUGAAGAAGGCCCUGAAGGCAGAGCACACCAACCGGCUGAAGGCGGCCUUCGUCAAGGCCCUGCAGCAGGAGCAGGAGAUAGAGCAGCGGAUCCUCCAGCAGGCCGCGUCUCCCGUCUCCAAAACGUCGCCCUCUUCCUCUGGGAUGAAGAGUGAGCAGCAGCAGCAUGUGCUGGCGUCUCAACAGUACAAGCAGGCCAGAGCCCAGCUCCAGCUUCAGCAGCAGCAGCAUAGAGGCAUGCCUAUGGCCCGCCACCACUCCUCCAUCAAGCAGGUCAGCACUGGGACACAACAUUACCGCUACACACUACUAACUCAUACGGAAGGGGAAGCUUGUCUGGUGUACAUUUUCUGAUACCUUGAAAAAAAACAACUGUGGCAUACUUUUUGAUUCUAUGAACACAUUGGUUAAUUACUAACGUUCCUGUUUUCUCCCUCCUCUCUCAGAGCUCUGGUCAGAUGUCCCGUAGUGUGCAGCAGGCGGUGGGGUCUCGCGGUGUCACUCACUCGUUCUCCACGUCCUCUCAGCAGCUGCAGAACGCUGUGACCGCAGCCGCGCUGGUGAGCAGGCCAGGUAAGCAUGCCAUGCGCCCGGCGCAGGGCGCAAAGGGCAGCAGUGGCAGCAGUAACCCCUCGGCCAACGCCAACGCCUGGAGGAAGCAGACCACCGGGAACUCAGGUAGAUGAACCUGUACAGGACCGAGACAAGACCCUGUCCUCACCUGCACACUGUGGUCUCUGUCUCUCUCUGUCUCUCUCUGUCUCUCUGUCUCUCUCUCUCUGUCUCUCUCUCUCUCUCUCUGUCUCUCUGUCUCUCUCUAUAUAUACAUACAUACAUACAUACAUACAUACAGGUAUCACUAAAGGUUGUGGAAGGUUCGUUUUUACCUCGAUGGGGUGACAGUCAGUCUGAGAUGUAAAUUAGCUUUAGCUAGCUGUCCCCUUCUCUCUCUCCAUGCCUUUUCUUGUGUAAUUCCCAGGUGGUGGGUUAGACUCAUUGUUAGAAUGUAGAAUCCUUUCAUUCAUCAGGGCCUUCUACAGGUUGGGUAGUAGGUAGCCUAGCAGUUAAAAGCAUUGGGCCAGUAACGGAAAGAUUGCUAGUUCGAAUCCCAGAGCUGAUUAGGUGAAAAGUAUGUGCCCUUGAGCAAGGCACGUAACCCUAAUUGCUUUUGUAAGUCGCUCUGGAUAAGAGUGUCUGCUAAAUGACUAAAAUGUAAUUCAUUCAUUCCAAUAAAACACUAAUUGUAUUGUCCUUUUAUAUUCUGCUAUUGCUGACACGCUAACAGAUGGUACAAGGUAUGGCUGUAUAGCUUGCAGACACGCUAACAGAUGGUACAGGGUAUGGCUGUAUAGUCUGCAGACACGCUAACAGAUGGUACAGGGUAUGGCUGUAUAGCCUGCAGACACGCUAACAGAUGGUACAAGGUAUGGCUGUAUAGUCUGCAGACACGCUAACAGAUGGUACAGGGUAUGGCUGUAUAGCCUGCAGACACGCUAACAGAUGGUACAGGGUAUGGCUGUAUAGUCUGCAGACACGCUAACAGAUGGUACAGGGUAUGGCUGUAUAGUCUGCAGACACGCUAACAGAUGGUACAGGGUAUGGCUGUAUAGCCUGCAGACACGCUAACAGAUGGUACAGGGUAUGGCUGUAUAGCCUGCAGACACGCUAACAGAUGGUACAGGGUAUGGCUGUAUAGUCUGCAGACACGCUAACAGAUGGUACAAGGUAUGGCUGUAUAGUCUGCAGACACGCUAACAGAUGGUACAAGGUAUGGCUGUAUAGUCUGCAGACACGCUAACAGAUGGUACAAGGUAUUGCUAUAUAGUCUGCAGACAGGCUAACAGAUGGUAGAGGGUAUGGCUGUAUAGUCUGCAGACAGGCUAAUGGAUGGUAGAGGGUAUGGCUGUAUAGCCUGCAGACACGCUAACAGAUGGUACAAGGUAUGGCUGUAUAGUCUGCAGACACGCUAACAGAUGGUACAAGGUAUUGCUAUAUAGUCUGCAGACAGGCUAACAGAUGGUAGAGGGUAUGGCUGUAUAGCCUGCAGACAGGCUAAUGGAUGGUAGAGGGUAUGGCUGUAUAGCCUGCAGACACGCUAACAGAUGGUACAAGGUAUGGCUGUAUAGUCUGCAGACACGCUAACAGAUGGUACAAGGGAUUGCUAUAUAGUCUGCAGACAGGCUAAUGGAUGGUAGAGGGUAUGGCUGUAUAGCCUGCAGAUAGGCUAACGGAUGGUAGAAGGUGUUUGAGAUGUCUGCUGUUUGGGCCUAAUGAACGUGUCCCUGGUUCCAGUCCUGUAUACUCACUGCUGAGUUUGUUGUCUCCCUUCAGGUGUGACCAUGGCCUAUGUGAACCCCAGCCUGUCUGUCCACAAGACCACCACCUCAGCCAACCUGGAGCGCCAGCGAGAGUACCUCCUGGACAUGAUUCCCUCCCGCUCCAUCUCCCAGACAUCAAACACAUGGAAAUAACACCACCACUUAAUAUCAAUCUGAAUAAUAGUCAUUCUCAUGAUUAAACUUAACAAUGGAAUCCUCUUGGGAAAACAACACCAGAUGAUCUACUCUCGAGCUAUGAAAUAAAAACAACACCCACCAUCUUCCUUUCUUCCUCUGAUGUCCGGAGUCUUCAAUUCCAUUGUGGAGUACUGGUGUUACUGGGACAGUACAGGGCUCUGAGAUAAGCUACAUCCCAUGAGUCAAAGGGGUUGCACGAACUUAAUCUCUCUCAAACAGUUUUGGUGCCCCUCUGCCCUUUCCUCCAUGGCCGUAUCUGUGGCUCUCCUUGGCUCUGCAGGUGACAGGACAGUUAACAUCAUCCACUGGGAAUUAUGCCUCUUCAUACUUACUCCACCCCCCCCCCCCCCUUCUACCUAUAAGAUCCAGGACCGGGUCUCUCUCUGGCCUCAGUGGCAGGCUGGUGGCACCUGACUGACUGACUGACUAGAGGACCAUCCACGGAAUACGAAAAUGGCUUCAGCUUUGCAAAAACUAAAUAAUAAAAAUAAAAACAUCUACACACACAGACUGCCUCCUCUUUGAACCGACGGUGGUGCAGAACUGAGGAGAAGCCUAGAGUGUGUCUGGUUAUUUUGUAUGGUUGAAUGUUAGAUUAUUUUUUCUUUUUUUUUCUGUAAAUCAUAUCCUGUGUCGAGAUUGUGCUCCCUACUAUUUUGGAAUUGGACUCGUGGAGGUCUGUGUGUGAAAGGUAACGUUACUGUUGAGGUGGUUUUACAUCUGCUAGUUUAGUGUUUAAUUUUUUUUUUAAGACUUGUUUUCUAAGCUGAAAAGAACAUGAAGUAACUGACUUAAUAUGUACAAACAUGGAACACAUUGUGGGAGGACUAUUCUUCUUGAAUUUAAUUUUAAUUUUUAUGUAACCUUCCAAAGAAAUGGUUGAGCCCAAAUGGAUCACUUCUUUCUACUGUUUUAACCCUCGUCGUUAAAAUAAAGACAGGAUGUGCUUUUUUUCUGAAAUGCAAAAGAGGAGGGGGAAGGGAUGUCAUCUUAUGAAAUAAUUUUGCUUUUAGUCAUCGGUUGUGGUGCAUUACUUUUCUUCUUAUAGGCAAAUGCAGUCUCUAGGUAUACUUAAAUACUUUUAGUGUUUUCUUUUACAAGGGAGAGUGUAUGAGUUAUGUCACGUCCCUUAAUUAGCUAGCUAGCUAGCCCAUCUGGUGGAAAGGCCAGCGGUAUUGCAUUUUUAUAGGUGGUGCAGUAGAGGGUGAGAAGCUGUUGAAAUAUGCACCAUGCUUACAAAGCUCACUCUCAGACGGAAUAAGACGGUGCUGUGUCAGUAUAUGAGGGCUUACGAGGUCGAGCUUCUGUAUCAAAACAUGGUUCAGAACUACACAACAGUUCAGUGGCCUAGUAGAAAUUAAUCUGAAAGGAAAUGAUCAAACGACAAUGCUUUGAAUUUAGGUUGUAUCUUAAUGUCUUGUGCAGCCAAAUACAUUUUUCAUUUUUUUUCCUCCUACAAAUGUCCCUGCUUUCUCCUGAUAAGUUUUGAUAGCAGUGUGUGUCCUCAGAAAGUGCAGUCUUAAUUAAUACAUUUUCAUUUGAACCCUGUUGUUUUCUGUAACCACCAAGCUAUUUGUCUGAUCACCCAUUGUUGUUAUAAUUUUGGUACCUUGUUUUUCCAUAGCUGCCCCUAGAUCAGAUUUCAGAUAGAUUAAUUUGCUUGCAUCUCUAAUAACACCACAUUCUCCAUAUAGUGAACUACUUAAGAUAGAGCUCUGGGUAAAAUUAUUGAACUAUAUAGGGUGUAAUUUGAGAUUCGCCUGUUUGUCAAUCUCUUGGAGCCCUGCUCUCAGAACCAUGAUGGCCGAUGGUUAGGGUCCUGGCCAGUGUUCCAGGGGUUAUGGCCAGAAGGGAUACAGCUUAUGUCAGAAAUGGCCAAAAAUGACUUUUCAUAGCAGGUUAGGAG